CUUUUGCCUCGACAUCUAAAACCUUAGAUGGUCAACCAUGUCUAUACUAGGUUAAGAUCACGGAUACGUAGAAGAUGGCGUGCAUGGUCAAGACAAAAGCCAACGUCAUUCACUACCUACAUUGCCGUCGCCGUGUUGACACUCUUUUUAUGGUCUAUGCUGCACGGCAGGUCUAAACAAGUGCACGAGCCACGCCCUAUCUCGCUGCAUGAUCAACCCAACUAUUCACCACCUACACAUCAGUCCUGCCAAGUGAAGAUAUGCAAUCCGUCUGGAGUCUGCUCGUUAUGGGGUCCGGGGUUUUACGACUGGAACCAACUCGCCGAUCACAGUGUUUACAGGGACGUCGCUUCGGUAGACGUAGAAUUUGGUUGUCAGGCUGUACUCCGAGUAGAAGAGACAGAGCAAGUUGAGUCGAUCACUGUUGGAAACGAAAGACUGACUUGUAACGAUGACUCUGUUGGCUUGGAUACGAAGUGCAGAAAUGUCAUCGAGAUCACGAUUGAAUCCAACUUAUAUAUAGCAGGUACUCAAGUCCGAGAUCACUUGAAUCGCCCAGCGACAAAAGAUACAGAGCUUGUAGUGACAUGGGAGGUCGUACAACAUAGCGAUCAAAAUUUGAACGACAUUACGCUUGUUUCUCAGUUCUCCGUCAAUAGACUUGAAAUAUUUGAAAGAGUACUGGAUGCUUGGUCUGGUCCCAUCUCCAUUUCCAUUUAUCUCACCCACCCUUCAGAUAUCGAAACUUUUAUUAAUUACUUUACCGACGAACGAAAACGCGAUUUGUACUCAAGAUGUACUAUCACCAUUGUAAAACCAAACUAUUCUUCAGACUUACGCCUCCGUUACCCUAUCAACCAUCUGCGAAACUUGGCCAUCGUCGCUUCUACUACCGACUACAUAUAUGUCAUUGAUGCCGACUUUGUACCUGGCAGAAGUUUAUAUCAACAUAGCCGCUCAAAAUUAUUACCACACCUUAAUAAGUCAAAAUUGGUGGCCAUGGUGGUGCCAUGUUUGGCCGUGACCGAGACCAGCUUGGAUUAUUUGCGUGUAGACACGGCCAGUGAUAUUCGUUCCCUGUUUCGACAGAACAAGGCAUUUAUUACUGACCCACGUGCUGGUCACGGUCCUACGCAUACUCGCCAGUUAGGGCUAUCCCACGCUCUCAAACCUGGCAACUACUAUGAAGUUUGUUACGAAUCGCAAUGGGAGCCCUACUAUAUUGUUCACAAAAGCGCCCCCCUUUACGAUGCUCGAUUCCGAAAUCAAGGAGGUGAUAAGCAGUCCCACGCUCUUAUGCUUAAUGCUCUAGGGUAUCGGUUCCUUGUUGCCAACAAUGUCUUUAUGGUGCACACUGAUCAUAGUGCCAUGGUUUGGCCAGGUGGCGGGCUUGCCAAAGCUCAAAAGGAAGAACGCCAGUGGACGUAUUUUGACGGGUUUAUGCGGGAGAUGGAACAGCUGUUUGGAAGGAACGUUAGAUGGCCUCGAGGAUGUAGUGCCAAAGCUAUUGGAUGGCAAGACCAGAGGCGUGAUGUACUAGGAUUGGCAGCUGGAUCAGCCAUGUAGACAUGCACGGACCAAUCAGCGGUGGGUGGCCGCAAAAAAGUGGCCAAUGUGAUUUCGAAUAAACUGACUGAAAACAAAAACAGUGCC